AUGUCUCCUUCAGUCACCUUGAAAAUCAGCCCUAAUCUACAAGAUUCACCAUCUACGGGAGAAUAUAGAGGUUAUGAUCAUGCAACCUUCUAUGUCGGGAAUGCCAAACAAGCGGCUUCUUGGUACAGUGCUCGUAUGGGUUUUCGCAUCGUAGCCCAAAAGAGUUUGGAAACUGGAUCUCGAGCUGUUGCAUCUUGGGUUGUCGCCAACGGACAAGCAAGAUUCGUCUUCAUGUCUCCACUUCGAGCAGUUGCCAACCUAGAACAGAACACAUCUGAGCAUGACAGGAAGCUUGUGGCAGAGAUACACAAACAUCUCGAGCAGCACGGUGACGCUGUCAAAGAUGUUGCCUUUGAAGUCGACGAUGUUCGAGCUAUAUAUUCGAAUGCAAUUGCUCAAGGCGCAGCGAGUGUUAAAGCUCCGGAGUGCAUACAGGAUGAAAAUGGAUCGGUAUAUCUCGCAACCAUCAAGACUUACGGCGAUACAACACACACCUUUGUCGAGAGGCAAACUUACACCGGUGUCUUUCUUCCGGGGUACCACGCAGUAGAUUAUGAGGAUCCCAUUGAACAGUUCCUUCCCAAAAUCAAUAUAGACGUGAUAGAUCAUUGCGUUGGAAAUCAAGAUUGGAAUGAGAUGGACAAUGCUUGCAACUAUUAUGAAAAGUGUCUUGGGUUUCGAAGAUAUUGGACGGUUGACGACAAAGACAUGUGUACUGACUUUUCAGCUAUGAACUCGGUGGUCAUGUCAUCUGCCGGAGAUAUUGUCAAAAUGCCGAUCAACGAGCCCGCGGUGGGCAUGCGAAAGUCACAAAUCGAAGAAUUCGUCGACUCUUUUGGUGGAGCAGGUGUUCAACAUAUUGCAUUUCUAACGAAAGACAUUGUCUCUACAAUAACCAAUCUGAAGAAUCGCGGUGUUCAAUUUAUUGACGUUCCGCUUACCUAUUAUAGUGAUUUGAAAGAUCGACUGCAAAGAUCGAGUAUGGAGUUGGAAGAGGAUUUGGCGGUACUGCAGAAAUUGAGGAUUCUAGUGGACUUUGAUGAAGGCGGGUAUCUUUUGCAAAUUUUUACCAAGCCUUUGAUGGAUCGCCCAACCGUUUUUCUGGAAAUCAUUCAGAGAAAUAAUUUCACUGGGUUUGGAGCGGGGAACUUCAAGAGUUUAUUCGAGGCUGUCGAGAGGGAUCAAGCUGCGAGGGGAAAUUUGUAG